AUGCCUUUAUCAAAACUUCGCGUACCGCCAUCUGCUUCGACCGUCAAUGUUAGGGUCAUCGACUCGACAUCGAAGAUUAGGGUGAGCAUGGAGAGCAUGGUUUCACAUGUCAUCAAAGGUCAUUCGUGGCUUUCGUGUCCUUCAUACGUCUUCCUCGUCGAGCACCCACCCACUGGCCGCAAAGUCCUCUUCGAUCUCGGGGUGCGCAAAGACUUCGAAAAUCUUUCACCUCCUAUUCAGAACUGGAUGAAAGAGAGUGGUACGACGUGCAGCGUGGAGAAGGAUGUGAGAGAGAUCCUCGAAGAAGGCGGGGUUAAAGCAGGUGAAAUCGAGAGCAUCAUCUGGAGCCAUUGGCAUUGGGAUCAUAUCGGCGAUCCGAGCAGAUUUCCCACAAGCACCUCGCUGAUAGUCGGCCCGGGUUUCAAGGACAUUAUCAUGCCGGGCUACCCUACGAACCCAGGGUCCCCAGUCCUUGAUUCCGAUUUCGCCGGCCGCGAACUCCGUGAAUUGAGCUUCGCCAAGUCAACUAUUAAAGUCGGAUCGUUUCCUGCCAUCGACUACUUCGGUGACGGAAGCUUCUACAUUCUGGACGCGCCAGGUCAUACCGUUGGUCAUGUUAAUGCUAUUGCGCGGGUGACGACCGGCCCGGAUAGCUUCAUCCUCAUGGGCGGUGACACCUGUCACCAUAGCGCCGAGAUGAGGCCAUCCGCAUACAAUCCGCUGCCCGACUCGAUAUCGCCACAUCCGUUUCAUUCGGGCAAUGUGACUCCCUGCCCCGGCGCGCUGUUCAAACCCAUCCUCCGAGACGAAGACACGACGAAACCGUUCUAUGGCGUUCAUCGUCCUGGUAUGCUAUUUGGCAACCCGGAUGCUGCCGAGGAGACCGUAGAACGGAUUAUCGAGGCUGAUGGAAGCGGAAAUACCCUUGUUGUAAUUGCUCACGAUACCCAUCUGAAGGACAUCGUCCGGGGAUUCCCGGAAUAUGCAAAUGACUUCUUGACCCGAGGUUGGAUCGAACAGGGCAGGUGGUUGUUCUUGGAGGAUUUCAAGGAGGCAGUUGAUGGAGUUCAUAACGAGAAGCUGUAG